AUGGACGCCUCGGCCCCCAAGGCGAUUCUCACAUCCCAUAACUUUUCCCAUGGUGCAGAGAUCUCCCGCGCUACCUCACCCGGUGGUGAGCCCGCCGCGGUAAACGGUGGUGGCGAACCGAAAGCCCGCGUCCGCCCGCGCACCUAUCCAUACUUCAAAUACCUCCCCUACCCCCUCGAAGAUGAAUCAGAGCGAGAAGUGACCCUGCAAGAGAUUUUGAAACAGCUUUACAUUUCAGUCGAAGCCGGUGAUUUCAACCCGGGGGCUGUGCACUGGACACGCGAGCUUCGAGGAUGGCUCUCACUGAAGUUUGAUCCCACUCGAACGGAAAGGAUCAACCUGGUAAAGCUAUACUAUGAACUUUCGCUAGCUCCGGGAAUUGACCCAGGUGUCUCGGAGCGCUUUGCAAGCAUGUUCAUGCUUCUUACCAAGCGCAAGCACUAUCUUCGACCCGUGAAAGACCUGACCCUAGACUGGAAGCCGCUUUACAAGGAACUGAAAGCUUUUGUCCUCCCCACCGAGUCUGGCCUCGUCCAUUCGACCAACCUAAAGCGGAAUGUAAAGACGCUGACCAAGCUAUGCGCUUUCGCGCAGCUCUUCGUCGACCCUUGCGAACUACCAGCCAUGCUCGAGGAGUUCCUUCCUCACUACACCACCUCAUUCUCCGAAGGCGCUUUCGUGGUUGCGGGAUUGGUCAAUCUCUUGCUGCCCACAUCACCUGCCCCCGCAGACCGACAAGACCUCCUCCCGCAAACUCAUUUGCCGACUCAUUUCCAUCUUUGGUUUUUGGUGGGACGCUCGAAGACCUUUGACACGACAUAUCUCGAUUAUUUGUCUCGAUUGGCCCGCGAUUCGCUGACAGCUGCUCACAUUCCGUUCUCUGAACAUGGUAUAUUCACGAAGGAACAGUCCUCACUGAUUUUCACUGCAAUUCUGAGGCUGCUGGAGAUUCCCGUAGGACAGUCCACUUCGCCAUACAGCGCCUUGGUCGAUAUCUCUUCUGGUCUGGGUAUAAUGCUUGAUCGCGACACGCGGAAGCAUCCCGUGGCUCACCACAUUGCCCGCUGGAUUGUGAUGUCGCUGUCUCCUGCUUGUCUUGAGUCGGAGGAUUCCAUACUCACACAGCUCGAGGGACUCAUUCAAGCGGUGGAAACGUUCUUCCACCCUUCGAACUCGGGUGGCUGGACCAAGACACUUUCGCAGUUAGUUUAUUAUCUGACAGAUUUUUUUGUGAUGCGCUGGAAUCGCGAGCAAAGCGGAGAGCUGGAGGUGCCUCCUGAGCGGCGACUAAAUGAAGCACUCAAGUGCCGCUUUGUCUUGUGCCUGAGGGACGUAAUCUUCAUGGGCAUCUACGCCAAAAGCAGUACUGCCAUGACUUUCUCCCUGUCCACGCUUCAAGGUCUUGCCUACCUGGAGCCACACCUGAUCCUUCCCGGCGCCUUGCAGAGAAUCUACCCUUCUCUUCAAGGUUUGGUCGAGGUUCACCGGACAACUUCUUCCCUCCGCGCCAUGCAAGUACUCUCCCGGGUCAUCACUCGGACUAAGGGCUACCGCUGCCAUAUGACUACACUACUCGGUCUUGCGCUGCCUGGUAUUGACGCGAAUGACCUGGAAAAGUCACUCCAUGCCCUCUCAUUUAUCCAGUCGGCAUGCUACAAUAUUCCGAUGAUUGAUAUGGCCCAGGGACGAGAGGACGUCAACUGUAACAUGCUCGCGGUGCAGUGGAUUACCGGCGAAAUGGAGAGAAUGGAAGAACAGGGCUCAGACGUGCAGCUGAAUUAUGACACUGAGCUUGACGACGCGACCGAAGAGAUGAUUUUGCGCUCAUCGACUUGUGGUUUCGGUGAUUUUACCAUCUCCUUCCUUGGUCGUGUCUUUACGCUUCUCGAGAAUUUGCCCGAUGUGACCAGGGUUCGCAAUGGGUCUCCCGAGGAAAACAUUGUCAAUACACUGCCUGCUACCUUCAUGCCCCUCCUUGCUUCUCUGUCACCGGAGUAUUACGACAUUGCCUUGUCCAAGAUUGUCGACUUCGUCUCGAACCACGUGAUCCACCAGGCUCGAGAUGCCAUGGCCUUCAUUUGCAAUGCGCUGUGCAAGGUCAACCCCGAAAAGGCUCUCAAACGCUUUAUCCCGGUUCUCACCCAAGCCAUUCGCACCGAAAUCGAAGACAACGGUGCCGGGUCGACUCGGACAACUGGCACGGAUGUCCUCCCCCGCGAUCGUGGUCUGGUUUGGAACGUUAGUAUGCUGAGCAUGUGUGUUGUCCAUGUUGGAGACGCCGUCUUGGCUCAUCGUCAAGAGCUCUUUGAUAUUGCAGUGUACAUGCAAAAGACAUGCCGGGGAAUCCCCACCGUCCAUAUCUCCAAUUACAUUCAUCACCUCCUGCUGAAUCUGACUGGGACCUACACCAGUGACUAUUCUCUUUAUGAGAAGGCAGAUACAACCGAAGGUAUCGAGCCCAAGCACUGGAGCUACAGUGCCGAUGUUCGCAAUCUCAACAUUAAUUGGCAUGUACCCAAGCGGGAGGAGCUGGAAUUUGCCGUUGAAGUUUUCAAGAAUCAGGCUGAGUCGGCUCUGAAGCACCUGACUGGUCUGACGAACGAGACUUCGAGUAUCAAACGAGACGGAAGUGGCAAAGAGUGGUCCGAUGAAGUUACCCGUAAUCUGGUUCUUCUUCGACUGCUCCUGUCCGGUAUCUCUGUCCUCUUCGAUUCUAAGGCGGCCGCGAACUCCUCGUCGGAUUCUUCCAACGGUGCAUCCACUGUCUCAAGUGAAUUCGAAAUGGUGGAUGACUCGGCUUCAAAUGGAACGGAUAUGGAAUUCGAUGCUGCUCUCGAUAAUACCGACGAGUCCGUCAUCAGGGAAAGCUUCUCAUACCCGACUGGAUACCCUCUGCAAGAGGGAGAUCCUCUCUAUACUACAAUUCACGAAAUUCGCGAAAGAGCUGGCUGGGUCUUGCACGAGACCCACCGAUUCCUCAGUGACAAGCAAGAGGAUGAUGUGGCCUCCUUUGGUGCGCUCUACUCAGCCUUCCGGUCCUGGUUUGUCGAUGUCGGUAUCGAGCGAUCUGCUCAUGUCCUGGAUCGUGUGACCAGACUACUCGCGGCCGAUAUUCACCCUUACAAGAUGAGCGGUAUCCGGAAAGAUUACCCUCGGGCAUUGCUCGUGCGUAGGGCCAAUGUCUACCACCUGCAACGUCUUCGUCACAAUGCCGCGCCGCGCCGGCGAUCUAAGCUUGACGAAGUUCUCCUCUAUGAUCUUGCCGAGUCUUGCGUCUCUCUUUACACUGAAACCCGACGCAACGCCCAGAAUGCGGGCGAAUCAGCACUGAAGGCAGUCUUUGGGGCUCGCAACCUCGUCAUCCCUCCUCUUCUCAAGGCCCUCCAGAAUGGCGUUAAAGAGAACGACCAUGCGCGCAUCAAGGGUGCUCUGUUUUCAUUGCUUUUGAGCAGUGUCGCCAAGACAGUCGGACGUAACUGGAAGUUCACCCCGACUUUGAUCCGUACUUUCAUCGACGCUAGUGCUGUUGACAAGCCUUCCGUUCAGAAGAUUUGCUCUAGUGCCGUGUUCCAGAUCAUGGACUAUGGUCGCGCCAUGGAAAGGAUGGCCAUUUUGGAUAGACAAAUCGUGGAGGCUGUCGCUCCUAGUGAGGAUGUUACCGAGAAUAUUGAGCAGAAGCGCAAGAUGAUCAACAAGAAGCGCGCGGCAAUUGAAAAGAAGAAGGCCGAUCUUGCCGAGGAGCUGGUCAACCUGGCGCGUAUUUCGCACUGGAAGAUCGCUAGCAGGGCCGCGACCAUUGUCAUCACGAUGGGCCUCCGAUUUGACUACAUCGCUAGCGAGAAUUUGAUUGAGCUUGUCACCCUCGGUUCGAUCGACGACCACCCCGGCCUGCGAGGCAUGUAUUCCCAGGCACUGAUUGCAUUGUUUACGAUGAUCGAUGUGCGUGCUAUUUGCACUCACGAUUACAAAAAUUACAUUUUGGGCCAUCAGCACUUCCCAUCGAAGAUCAAGGUCGCAACUCGCCCGGAUGAGAAGGACUGGACGCAUGAGUACCUUGCUAGCUUUGCCAAACCCGAGGCUGAGUACUAUGUUGACCAUGACUUCCCUGGCUGGCUGGUCUGGGGAAAGACCUUGCCUGCCUACAAGUCCAAUGUGGCGCGGGACAUCGAGUAUGACGAGACUGAAUGGAACGUGCGCAAGCAAAUGGGCAAGCAAUUCACUCGCGAGUGGUUUGCCAAAUUCUUCCAUUAUCUGAAGCAGGAGCCAAGGGAUCCUUCUGCCGAUAAAUUCCGCAUGUCGUGCGCCAUGAUGCUCCUUUAUGCUUUCGAGCUUAUGCUUCGUGAUGGCCUCACAGCUGCUUCGUUCAAGGACAUUCAACAAGAAAUCCAAGCUGUCUUCGAAGAUGGUAGCGACAAGCACCAGCACCGUGCUACUGCUGAAAUCCUCGGUGCUUUGAUCAGCUCUGUGACCGAUUCCAGUGUCGAGAACCGCUCGCUGGUUUGGGAAUAUGCUUUUCCAAUUGUUAGGAAGAUUUUCACCGAUGGCCUGACACCUGAAAACUCUGGCUACUGGACAACCUUCCUUCACAUGAUCUUGCAAUGCCGCGAUCCCCGCCGAGCAUGGCCUUUGGUCGACUGGCUGGCUAGCUUCCGGUUGGAUAUGUCUACCAACGCAGCUUUCAAGGAGAGCUCGAAGAUCAACCUACUCCACCAGUGUAUCAUCGAUGCUGGCUGGCAUUUCCAGCUUGAAAAGCCGAUCGUUCAAGACUUUCUCGCGCACCUGGAUCAUCCUUACAAGGGCGUUCGUGAGGCUAUGGGUCAAACCCUUGCCACCAUCUACCGCACGAGGUAUCACGAGUCAUACCCAGAUCUUCAACACCUCCUGGAUGAUCAGAAGUCCGCAUCAUCCGUGGGUAGCUACCCCUACGCACCUUCUGACGAGUUUUCGGCCAUGGUCCGCGGUGUAUUCGCUCGAAUUGAAGAAUGGCGCAAGUCCCGAACUCCUGGACAACAAACGCCAUCCUCCUACACUUCUGGUAGCAAGACGGUGCUUCUCUGGCUGGAUUCGACUUUGUCUUCCCACGAGUGCACUCAGCUUGUUCCCUUCUUCCCCGAUGUGUUCACUGCUCAACUGCUACACAUGAUGGAUGUGAAGGAGGAUCCAGAACUGCAGUCCCUUGCCUACCAUGUCUUCCGCCAUCUCCCCAACAUCCCCUACCCUGCGGAGAAGAACUCCGAGUUCAUUCAAUCCCUUAUCCGUAUCGGCCAGACCUCGCCCUCAUGGCACCAGCGUCUGCGUGUCAUGAUCAACAUCCAAAUCAUCUACUUCCGUCGUCUCUUCCUGCUUGACCCGGCCGAUCGCGACAAGCUCUUCGAGUGCAUUGCGUCCAUGCUUGAGGACCCUCAGCAUGAAGUCCGCGCCGGCGCUUCGGCUACGCUGUCGGGCAUGAUUCGAUGCUCGCCCGUCUUCCUGCGCGACAAGAUGGUCAGCCGCUUCCAGGAGCGCUUCACCAAGCUUCUGGCAGAUAAUCCUUUGCCUAAGAAGCCGAAGAACUUCCGCUCUGGAAUUUCUUCUGCAGUUUCCUCCGGCACUGGCACCCCCACUCCUGAGCACAACCGUCUUAUCAUUGUCCGUCACGGUGCUGUGCUGGGUCUGGGCGCGCUCAUUCAGGCAUUCCCGUACAAUAGUCCUCCGCCGCACUGGAUGCCUGAAGCCUUGACUACCAUCAGCAUCCGCGCUGCCAGUGACCCUGGCGUCGUGGGUUCGAGUGUCAAGACGAUCAUCAGUGAAUUCAAGAAGACCCGCCAGGAUACUUGGCAUAUUGAUGCUAAGGCAUUUACUCCGGAUCAAUUGGAGGAUCUUUCUGGUGUUCUUUGGAAGAGCUACUUUGCUUAA